AAGUGACCUCAAAACCUCGAAAACUGAGCCAAGAGCAGCAUGGAUAAGAUUGAAGAUGUAUCUGUAGAACCACUCACGGAGUCAAAAUUUGUUAUUCCUUACCGAAUGCAUUAUAAACAGGAUGGGAAAAAGAAGGUAUGGGACUUAGUAACCCAGCAUGAAAGUGUUUCAAUCAUUAUCUACAACGACAAGAAAGCGCUUGUGUUCGUACGACAGUUUCGCCCUGCUGUGUAUUAUAGUAUUGUGAGACAAAAGGAGCCAGACUGUAAAGUUGUUGAUACUUCGAAGUUCCCUGGUGUGGAUGGCAUCACUCUUGAACUUUGUGCUGGGAUUCAUGACAAAGAUCAGUCACUAGUUCAAGAUGCCAAAGAUGAAGUUCUUGAAGAGUGUGGUUAUGAUGUCCCAUUGGAGAGAUUCCAAAAAAUACUAACCUUUAGAUCUGGUGUAGGAGUAACAGGAGACCUUCAGACAAUGUUCUAUGUUGAAGUCACAAAUGAGAUGAAGAAAUCUCAAGGUGGAGGCUUAGAAGCUGAAGGUGAAUUAAUUGAUGUGGUAGAAAUGUCAAUUCCUGAAGUCCGAGCAUUGAUAAGCCAAGAUACAGUGAACUGUCCUGGAGGGUUUUUAUUUGCUGUUAUGUGGUUUUUGCACAACAAAGCCCCAAAGGAUUGAUGUGUGUAUAACCUAUAAGGAAAAUUAUUGCACCUUCAAGAAGUCUGGUGCAUUGCAAUUGAGAAUCAAAAUUUUGCUGUGGGCAUUUUAUAUCAUCCUUAAUUUCAAUAUUGAUGAUCUGUAUUGCACUUUUCAUAAGUAAAACAUGGUAAUGAAAAGCAGUUCAGUUUUUAGCAAGCCAUUUUGUAUUGGGUAAGUAGAUUUGAUGCAUGAUAUGCAAGACAGAAAAUACCAAUUAAUUUCAACUGUGCAAUGCUGCAUUUUUCCAUAAACCAGAUUUGUAAAGGGACCAUAGGCAAAUGCUUUUGCUAUCAUUAGACUUUAGAGCUUAGAGUGAAAUAUGUGAAAAGUGCUAAAAGAUUUCUCUACAGAGUUUAAACAGUAUUGUUUGACAUGUGUUCCCAAGAUUAAUAUCAGUGAAACAUACAAUACCUCACAUUAUAUGUUCAGUACCUUUUUUGACAUACAGUACAUUCAUUAUUGUAACAUUGUUUUGUAGCAGUUGCAUUAUGGUAAUUUUAAAUUUAAUGCAUUAUCUUAAAGGAAUGAUUAAAACAUUGUUACAAGAAGUGUGGACUGUGAAGGAAAUAAUUGUGUGAUUUACCUAUUGUAAUACUACCUCUUUUGAGUGGAAAGAAAUUCAUAUAUACACUUUCAAUUUCAAUUAUUACAGAUGGUUACCUGAUAAAGAUGGUUACAUAGAAUAUUAUUGUUGCUGUUGUUAUGAUUAUUAUUGUUGUCACUGUUCAGAAACAGACUGCCUAAUCAUUUCAGUAAAGUACUGAAUUUGAUAAAAUAGGCUACAUCUUAUAUAUGCAAAGUUGAGGUAUCCUGUAGGCUAAUGUUUAGCCAGUCAGUUACUUCUACUUAGCCCAAUUCCAUAAUGGUGUAAUAUUAUUUCCUCAAAUUAUAUUAACCUUUAUGAUACUAUUUUCUGUUUUCUGAAGUACUCAUUAUCAUCAUCAUGAACAGUUUUACAAUAGUUUUUCCUUUGAGGGAAUUAGAUGUUUAAAUGAGUUCUCUUCAUUUUCCUCUAUCCUGUGCUCUCUUUACCUGAGCUCUAAUCUGGUUUAGGCCUUCAUCUGUUUCUUCUCCAGGAUUUCCCGGGCCUUGUUAUAAGUCCUCAUCUUGUUACUUCCAUAUCUACUGCUUUUCCAGUCCCUUUUCAUGACAUAUUCAAACUACUCUUUGAAAUCUUAGUCUUUGGAAAUCCCAUCUCUGCCAUUUUCCCAAUAGUAAUACAUUCUUCCCCCAGUACUCUAGCCAUGUCUUAACAUUAAGUUUUAACACUGUCCAACAUCUCCAUUUUCCUUGUCAUUGCUCAUUUUUCUAGUGACCUCUCUUUUCAUGUGUUGUAGUUGCUGUUUCUUACAGCUUCCUUAACAACUGCUUCAUAGUCCAGUGUGUUGGUAAGAUAAUGGAAAUUUAAAUUUUCAAAUUCUUCCAAGACCUGUCCAUCUAUCCCUCUCUUCCCUUAUGUAUACAUACAAUUUGUAAUCCUGAGCAUGCCUUCUGACACCAACUAUUACUCUUACUAUAAAGUACGGAGCUCACGUCUCUCCCCACACCUUUCUCCUAGCCACAAUCCUGGAUGUACUCUUUCCUUUGCUUCCUUUCCAGUCACUACGUAUAUGGUAAUUUUCUGAUCUUUCCAUUCCACUUAUGCACCUGGUAAUCAUUUUCAUGAUCUCUUCCUCCGAUUCUGCAUUUACCACUAGGUCAUUUGCAUACAGCUACCUCUAUUACUAUGAUAAAUAUAGUAUAUUAUUAUUAUUAUUAUCACUUAUUUUUACCACCAAAUUUUUAUCAUAUUGGACAGGUAAACACCUUAAACCAACCUUACUACACUAUACUUAACCCAAGUAUUGUAUCAGACCUUUAUGAUUUACAAGGUUGUAGCCCUAUAUUUAUUUAUCAACAACAAAUAACACUUUUGCUCUAUGAUAAAUGGGCAAACAUUUAAAAUAUGGAAGAUAAAUUAUUGGUACUCCAAAGUGAAUGAACUUUUAUGGAAACUAGGCUGGUCACAAAUGUUACAUUAUUAUCACCAAAAAAUCAGGAUAAAAUAUAAAGUAAAGGGAAGCUGAAGAAGCCGUAUUAUGGGCAGUAUCAGUACCUUUCUGCAGAUGAAGAGUGAGAAAAAUAUACAUGUAUUUAUAUGCAAAGGGAUUUACAUAAGGACAGAUGACUGUGUCUGGGGUCAUUUAGGUGACAGCCAAACUCAGAGGAAAAGGAAUAAUUUUCUUCAGAAUGAGUGUAAAAUAAAGGCCUUUCUAUUAAAGGUGGAUUCAAUGACUACAAAAAAUUAAUACAAUACUACCAAACUUGUCAGUUACAGUUACAACUGGCCUUUGAAAAAAUUAGCUUCCAGGUUUAUGUUGUGAUUAAUGUUUAAGUCAUUAUUUACAUAGUACAUCACACAGUAUUUCAAUGAGACCACUGAGUCUUAAAUGCGAAAGUGAUGAUUGGAAAAGUUUGACAGCUAGUUGGCAAGUUACCAGUGAGAAUGGAUGAGAAGUAAUAAGCAUAAAACAUCACAGCUGAAGGGUCACUGCUAAGAACCUUCAGUACAGCGCAAAGUAAGCCAUGGAAGGCUAACUGUAAGCCAUAAUCCCCCACUUCUUUGAAAAUAUAUAUGACUAGUACUGAACGAAUUUUGCUUUUGGUUUUUAUUGACAAUUGACAAGAAUUUGUGUCCUGGUCAUGGAAAAUUUUCUGGGAAACUUCUAUAUUUCAUGUCUUGAAUGCCUGGCUAUGAUAUAAUUACACUUAUAUCCAGGUACUCAUCCUUAGUAAAUCCUUAUAGUACACAUAUAAAUGCAUGUUAUAGUUCCUUUGUUAUUCAGCUGAUAAGGGGCAAUGUAACAUUCUCCUGCUUUCCUUUGAUUUAUAUGAACAUUGUUUCUUUGCUACAUACUAUUAUGAUUUAUAUGAACAUUGUUUCUUUGCUACAUACUAUUAAGAGAAACAAGAUGACUCUUUCCAUGUUUGAAAUACUGCUGCAAACUUGAAGAGCCUCUUAUUUGUGCACCAUCUAUGGAUUUUUGGUUUGAUGGCGGGAUUUUCGACAAUGCUUACCACUGCCAAAAGACAGCUUGCUGGAUGUUUACUGAACUAGUUGUAAUGGGUAGAAUUCACCAAAGGAUUGCUCACUCUUUAUCUGUUACUGUUCACUAGCAUACUAUUAACAGUCUGUAUAAACUUGAAUCACCACUGAAGUGCUUGUGUCAUACAGUAUUGCAUGAGAUAUGGAUGGCUUAAAAACAAUAGUUUACAAGAAGUGAAUGUGUAUACAGUAUACAUGAAUCUUGAAUUUAUUAAACUCAGAAAGCUAUAUGGUAGUCUUGUUAUCUGUUGCUGUAUAUAUAAGAACACAAUUGUUUCUUGCUUUAGUACUAGUAUUGUAUUAUAUACAGUCUUUUAUUUGUAUCGAAAAUGAGACUGAUAUUCAUUCUCUUAUAGCAGCAUAUUCUGUAGUUAAUUGGUCAUGCUGGUUGGUUUGGUAUAAUUUGGGCAUAAUUAUUGGAACAUAAAAGUAAAAAAAACACCCUGCCAUAUUUGAAUACACUCAAAUUAUGACUAUGACUUUUAUUUCCAUUACUGUAUAGAUAAUAAUUCAUUUGUAACUCCAUAUGAGCCUUGUCCUUUUACCAGACUUCAGUCCCUAAAAGAAAAUCAUUCCUUUAGUCCUUAUGUUACCUCAGUAGUUCCAAGUAACUUAUAGUAAUGGUGUGUUUUAUAUAAAAUCUCUUCAUCUCCAGCACUUUCAUUGUGAAUGCUGAGAUGUAACAAGUAGAGUACUUAAUACAGGGCUGUAGGAACAUUACUUGAAUCCAUUUACACAUACUGUACUGUACUUAGAGACUGUUAUGACUGAUAACACUACAAUCAUACUUGGCUUAGCAAACAUUUAUUUUCUUUUUCACUCCUAUGGUUAGCAAAUUUGAAUGCAAGUUCUGUACAUGCAUUUAACCACUAUACGUACUGUACUGUAUUUUAAUAUGGGGCUGUUGCGUUUUAUUUUAUUUUACUGGUAAACCAUUGCUAUUAGAGUAGUAAAAAUCAGGUAUGGUCAUAAAGUACCACAGAUUUAGUUUAUUAUAAAUGAGUAUGAUGCUAUAUGUAGUACAUAAUAUUGAAAAGUAUUAUAAGCCUAAUGCUUUUUUAAAUGAAUUGUAAAAUGCCCAAAAAUAAUAGUUUGAAUUUUUUUUUUAUUCCAAUAACAGGUUGUACUUGGUUAUUACUUGGAUUUGUAAUGAUUGUUACAUUAAUUCCAUAAAAUGGAUAUUAAUGGCUAAUGAAAAUGUUGAGAAAUGCUUUUUAUUUCUUUCGGUGAUUUUUAUCCUUUCUUUUCCAAAAAUACAAAUG